AUGACAAAAUUUCUCACAGCUCUGGGCGUCCUCCUAGCCCUGCACAUGGCUUCUUCCAAUAAGUUGGUGUGCCACAUGACCAACUGGGCCCAGUAUAGACCUGGCCACGCCAAGUUCACCUCAGACAACAUUGACCCCUUCCUUUGCACGCAUGUUAUCUACACGCUUGCCACCAUCAACGGCCUCAACCAAAUUAGCACCAUUGAGUGGAAUGAUCAGCAGCAGUAUGCCAGACUCAACAACCUCAAAAAAUUUAAUCCGGCACUAAAGACUCUGCUGUCAGUUGGAGGCACGGUCAACGGAAUGAGCCCAUUCAUAGCCAUGGUUGCCAGGCCCGAGAGUCGUGCUGCCUUCAUUAAGUCAGCCAUCGGCUUCCUGCGAACUCAUAACUUUGAUGGUCUGAAUCUGGCUUGGGAAUAUCCGGCGCACAACGGGAGCCCAGAGCAGGACAGGGAAAGGUUCACUUUGCUGGUCAAGGAAUUGGUUGCAGCUUUUGAGAAGGAUGCCAAAGACACCAGAAAGACUCAGUUACUGCUAUCAGCCAAUGUCGCCUCAAUCCGCGACACCAUCGACAGAGCUUAUGAGGUCAAACUGAUUGCACCACAUUUUGACUUCAUUAACCUGAUGACCUACGACUACCACGGACACUGGGAGGCAGCCACCGGACACAACAGCCCUCUGUACUCAAGUUCAAUGGACAUGGGAAAUCAUGUACACCAUAAUAUUAACUCUACUGUGUCCCAUUGGCUGGCUUUGGGAGCACCAGCAGAGAAGCUGCUCCUGGGUUUCCCUUCAUUUGGAAGAACGUACCGCCUUACUACUGGUUCUGCUGGCCUGGGAGCCCCAACAAACGGACCAGCUGACGCCGGGCCCUACACUCGCACUCCCGGUUUCUGGGCUUUCUAUGAGGUCUGCAACUUCCUCACUAGUGCUCAUACUGAAUGGAUUGAAGAACAAAAAGUUCCAUAUGCCACCAGUGGCAGUUCUUGGGUAGGCUAUGAUGACAAAAGCAGCUUCUCAUCCAAGGUUCAGUGGAUGACCGGCAUGAACCUGGGAGGUGCCCACGUGUGGACUCUUGACAUGGAUGACUUUAGUGGAUCCUUCUGUAGAGCUGGCUCGUAUCCACUCAUCAACCACCUCAGGAUGUCAAUGGGCUUCUCCCCUAAGCCCACCACCACCGCAGCUCCGACCACCACUAGAGACCCCAUUGCUGAUUUCUGUCGCGGCCGCCCGGAUGGUCUAUACACAAACCCAGCUGACAAAGGCACCUACUUCCAGUGCUACUUGGGAAACACCUACCUGCACCGCUGCCAGCCUGGUCUUAUCUACUAUGACUCCUGCAAGUGCUGCAACUGGCCUUGA